AUUUGAAUCGAUUUAAAAAUCGACCUUUUUCGGAAAGAAUCGACAUCCCUAUUGACGUCUACAAUGACAUUAUAAAAUGGCGCCAGUUUAUUAGCAGAUUAGACAUAAACAUUGCAAGAAUAAUUGAUUUUCAAUUAUUCUUUUCUCAAAAAUUACGCGUUUCCGUAUAUUGAGAGUGUUGUGUGUGUGCUUAUAAUAGUGUAAUCUUUCUAUAAAAAUAAGUAUCAACACCAAACUCCACUGACGUCAAUGGAAAGCUAAGCCCACAUUUUUCCAUACGAUGGAACCAAUCACUGAAGCAACCAUUCCAUUCGGAAGUUGGGGUCUCCAAAAUGGCCGUUUUGUAGGCGUCCACAGCUUCUUCAGGUGAUGAAAAUCUCUGUCCACGCAAUUUAUUCUUUAUUUUAGGGAAAGUAUAGAAAUCAUUAGGGCUUAGGUCGGGGCUGUACGGCGGAUGGUCUGAUAAUUCUGUUUUCUUGCUCUAAAAACUCUUUUGUUCUGUGUGCGGUGUGAGAACUCGUAUUGUCAUGAUGGAGCAUGAUGCGGCGGUUGCAGUUCUCUUUAUGGAGUUCAGAAACAACCUGUGGCAAACAAUUGCUAGCAUACCAUUCUGCAUUAACCGUUCUUUGUCCCUCAAGAGGAAUAAUCGUAACAUGGCCGGUUUUGGAGACAAACGUGGCUACCAUUUAUUUGCAACACUCCGUGAACGAACAAUUUUUGUUGGCUUUAACUCAUUUUCGAACACCCAAACUCGUGACUGGUUUUUUAUUUCGGGUUCGUACGCUUAUAUCCAGGAUUCGUCACAAGAUACAAUGUUGUAUACAGCAUUUGAGGAUCCUGCGUGGAAUCUUUCGAGAGUUCUGACGCACCAAGUAACGCGAGCCGCUUUUUGCUCUUCACAGAGCGAAUGCGGUGUCCAUCGGGAAAACAACUUUUUUACACCUAAUUGUUCAUGCAAGAUUAUUUGUAUUUGACUCAUGCCAAUGUCUAAAGUUGCCUGAAUUUCGUGGUAUGUCACAUGUCGAUCUUCCUCAAUCAGCAAACGUUUUCUUGGGUGACUGCAGUUUUUGGACGACCUUGACGGGGAUCAUCACUGAGUUUGACUCGUCCACGUUGAAAUACAGCAAACCAGUGAUAAAUUGUGGUUUUGGAUGGGGCUUCAUCACCAAAUGCAGAAAUCAUCCGGUCAACACACUGUUUUUGUGUUAAACCACUUCGAAAGUCAUAAUAAAUCAUCGCUCUUGAAUUUUCUUGAGUCAAUUCCAUUUUCUCAACGACUAUACAAGUUUGACCAAAACCUUGUGACAAGACCGAGAAUCUUUUUUUAAAUAAAUAAAUGGUAUUCGAUUUUAAAACCAAGGACUUUUCAAUUAAAAAGAUUUUAAUAUGACAGGAACAGUGGAAAUAUUCCAUUCCCGAUACUUUUAGUGCAGCCCUCGUACACAGUCUACAAUAUUAUACUUCUUAUUAAUAAAAAUUCACUGCUCGAUGGGUCGUCCCCAUUAUAAUGAAGUAUUUGCCUUGAUCAUCACUUGGCAGACACCUUGACGGUCACUCUGUAUCGCGCUUUCUAUGCUGCUUCCCUUUGCCAUAUGGGAGAAUGCUUUUUCUAUUGCAGAGUUAAGUUUGCCCUUCAAUCCAAUUUACUUUUUCGUUAAUGGAAUGAUUUACGAAUUCCAGUAAGUUAAGUACUUUCACAAAAAUAAUUAUCUAACUGUUUAUACUGAUGUAUUAUAUAUAAACGAAAUAUUAUCUAUAGGUAAUAUCACUCAAUUAACAAAGACAGAUCUUUGUCAAUUUACGGCAUUCUUGAAUCUGAUUUGAAAAAUUGUUGAGAUUUGAUUCUCUGGAUGGAUGAUCUAUCUACAUUCUUAUUUAAGUUUAUUCGGAACACUCUUUUUGACUGGUUUGUAUCAUUAUUUGGAGUUGUUGUCAGGAAGAUGCUGCUGCCCAUCUCCUGUUUCAGUUUCCCUCUGUCCCUUUUUACGACAUCUGCGAGAUGGUAUGGGGUAGCAUGAAUUCUCCUAUGCCACCGCUACACUGGUUAUUUUCUCUUAUUUAAAAAAGAAUUUGGUUUCAGUCAAUACCAAUACAGCAUGAUAGCCUCAUGAGAAUGAGAUUCGAUUCACACCAAUUUGUCAUGUAGAUAUCUGGCCAGUAGAGUGUGAUCUAGGAAAUGAUUGUAAAGACGAAAUUUUUAUCCUUGACUCCAUUAAAGUUGAGGAACAGAAUAUCGAAAAUGAGAAUUUCAAAUUUGAAGAAAAUGGGAAUAAUGAAACAGAGCAAUACAUCACACCGACAAAUAAUUUUUCAAAUCCAUUUGAGAAAAAGAUUAAAUCAAAUUCUAUUGAUUCUAACAUAAACGAUGUUCGUAAAGGAAACUUCGAUUUAAAAAGCCGUACUAUUAAAUCAAACCCUAAAGUGAAAAAAUAUAACCAACCUAUU